AUGCUGCGGUGCGUAUCGGCUGUGCGUUUGUGCAGCUGCAGGCCCUCGUUGGCGUAUGACCGUCUGGUUGGCACCGGCUCCAUCACGCGCGAUGAGCGACAGGUGGCCACUUUGCCGGUGUUUGAUCGGCUCUACAAUGACCUUGUGGCAUACCUGCAGAGUAGUGGCCGUUCGCAGCCGCGGCAAGUGGAGUUGCGGCCGCCGAACCGUCUUGGUGUAGUGCCGUCUUUUUUCCUGCGCCGCGAGCAGGAAGAGAAGGUGCGUCGGGCAAUGGAUGAGAUUGGUGGAGGCAGCGGCGACAACAACGCCGUGUAUCACCCCCUAUCGCGUGUGAAGGGGUUGUAUGUGUAUGGCGGCGUUGGCUGCGGCAAGACGAUGCUGAUGGAUUUGCUUUACAACAAUGCCCCAGCGUCCAUUAAGAAGCGUCGUGUGCAUUUUCAUCACUUCAUGCUGGAUGUGCAGAGGACGUCGCAUGAAAUUCAGUAUGUCUCAAAGGGCAGUCGUGGUCAGCAGUCGCGGCGUACGCCGGACGCGUCGGUGAACCUCUUUGAUGAGGUGGCGCAGAGGCUCAUCAGUGAAGUUGAGUUGCUGUGCUUUGACGAAGUAGCCGUGUCGGAUGUGGCACACGCGAUGAUCCUGCGCCGUCUCUUUCACGCCUUCUACAAGAUGGGUCUAGUCGUUGUGUUCACAUCAAACCGGAAGCCGGAUGAUUUGUACCUAGACGGUCUCAACCGCGAGAGCUUCCUUCCGUUCAUUGAACUGCUAAAGCGGCAGUGUGUGGUACAUGACAUGCACAGCGGCACUGACCACCGCCUAGGCGGUAGUGACGCGCAGACAUAUCUCUUUCCUGUCACACCGGCGAACACUGAAACGUUCAAUAACACAUUCCUGCAACUGUGCAAGGGCAUGCCGACGGAGGAACGGGUGCUGCGCGUGUUUGGCCGUGAUGUGCGUAUACCGGCCGCCUGUGGUGGCAUCUGCCGCUUCCACUUUUCGGAAAUCUGCGGCGAUGCCCUGUCGAGUGCAGACUAUGAGGUGAUUGCCAAGACUUUUCACACCGUAUUCAUCGAAGGUGUCCCGCGAUUCACGUACGACAACUCAGACGUUAAAAGCCGCUUCCUCCUCGUUAUCGAUGCGCUUUACGAGUUCCACUGCAAGGCCGUUGUGUACGCGCAAGUGGAGCAGUUGCAACUCCAGGAGAGUAAAGAGGAGUAUGACGCGGCGCAUGAGCACCUCGAAGGGAACGAAGCAGCGGCUCUGCGUAUUGCGAAACUCACGGAUUAUGAGCGUGAGAUGGGUGUACGCUUGGUGUGUGAAACCGACGCGUCGUUUCAGAUGGAGCGCUGCAUCUCUCGGCUAAUUGAGAUGAGCUCCCGCGAGUACCUUGAGAGCCCGCACCGCCACGUGGAUGUGACGUUGAGUACGGAGUAG